AUGGCUAGCUUUACAAAUUACUUCUUCAGUCCUACAUAUCACCUCAGCAUUGCUCAUUAUUUCCUCAUCUUCUUUUUGGCCUCCUCAUCUCCACACACUAGUAAACUCCAUUUUGGUGAUGCACUUCCAAAUUCGAAACCAUGCAUUGACGAGGAGAGACGUGCUCUCCUCGCCUUCAAACAAGAUCUCACUGAUCCUUCUGGGAGGCUUUCUUCUUGGGUUGGUCAAGCUUGCUGUCAAUGGAAAGGCAUUUCAUGCAAAAAAAUCACAGGUCAUGUUGAAAAGAUUGAUCUCCAAAAUACGUACACAUACACACUUUCUGUUUUCGAUGGAGAGUGGGAUGAGAUGGAGAACUCUUCUUUGGGUGGUAAGAUAAAUCCUUCUUUGCUUAACUUGAAACAUUUGAGCUACCUGGAUCUAAGCAGGAAUGAUUUUAAAGGGAUUCCCAUUCCCACAUUCUUUGGUCAGCUCAAAAGUUUGAGGUAUCUCAAUAUCUCACAUGCUUCAUUUGGAGGAGAGAUUCCAGCUCAUCUUGGUAACCUAUCAAACUUGAACUAUCUUGACCUAAGUGAAGAGUCUUUCUACUCUUUACUUGAAUUACCUUCCAACAACUUGAAAUGGCUUUCCAAUCUCUCUUCCCUCAAAUACCUCAGUCUUGAAGGAGUGGACCUCAGCAACACUGGGUUUCCACUUCCUGAAUGGUUUUUUCAUCUGACUAGCCUCAGAAAACUUGAUCUAAGCGGUCGAAUUCCCAAAAUUUUUGGGAACUUUUGCAAUCUAAAGACAUUGAAUCUUGCAAAUAACCAAUUUGAAGGGGGGAUUCCAGAGCUUUUGGGUGGUUUCUCAAGUUGUCCCAAUGGUGAAUUAGAGUCAUUAGAUUUGUCUUCUAAUGAGCUGAAAAGCCAAUUGCCUGCCUCAGUAGGGAUGCUACACAACUUGAAGUAUCUUAACCUCUACAAUAAUGAUAUGAGUGGGUCCAUUCCUAAAAGUUUGGGGCAACUCUCCGAGCUUGUUCACCUAGAUCUAUCUUUUAACUCAUGGGAAGGGUUUUUAACAGAAGCCCAUUUCACAAAUCUCACAAGAUUGAAAUACUUUUCAUUAGGCAAAGUCUUCCCAAAACCAACUCUACCAAUUCCUCUCAUCUUCAAUGUGUCUCAUGAGUGGGUUCCUCCUUUCAAGCUGCACAAAAUUAACAUUGUGAACUGUAAAGUAGGUCCUGCCUUUGGAGCAUGGCUUCAAUCUCAAACUGAACUUGUCUUUGUCAAACUUGAUACCACUGGAAUCUCAGAUUCUAUACCCGAGGAUUGGUUCAUGAAAUUAUCUUCCCAAGUUGAGUAUUUGGAUUUAUCUUCCAACCAAAUCCAUGGAAAGCUUCCCUUGCAAUUGAAACUCCCAAAUGCACUGCUUUUGGAUUUGAGUCAUAACCAAUUUGAUGGACCAAUUCCACUUUGGUCUGGUGACAAUGUGGUUGAUUUUAAGCUUGAAACUAAUUCAUUUUCUGGCACCAUUCCAGUGAAUUUUGACCAAAAGUUUCCAAAAUUGGAAUUCUUUUAUCUUGCUGAAAAUCAUUUGCAUGGCACCAUUCCACCUUCCAUUUGCAACAUGAAAAACUUGUAUACUCUUUCUCUGAGAAACAACAAUCUAUCAGGAGAAUUUCCAAAAGCAUGGAGCCUGUUGCCUAAUAUAAGUAUUUUAGAUGUUGCAUACAACAAUCUCUCAGGCAAUCUUCCCAGUUCAAUGGGUGACUCAGGUUCUCUUUUCAUGUUGAAGAUGAACAACAACAAUUUCGAGGGUGAAAUUCCUUUUUCCUUGCAAACCUGCACUUCUUUGAGGAAUAUUGAUCUUGGGAAUAAUAGAUUCACUGGUGAAAUACCUCCAUGGAUAGGAUCAACUGCUUUCUUGGUAUCAACCCUAAGGCUGAGAUCCAAUUUUUUCAGUGGACAUAUCCCACAACAGUUGUGCAAUCUUGGCUACCUUCACAUCCUAGACCUUGCUCACAACAGCUUUUCCGGGACAAUCCCCAAGUGUUUGAACAAUCUCACUGGUCUCAGAAUCCUUAAUAGCAGUUUUUAUAAUUUAUAUCUAUUUUAUGACCAACAAACAACAGUGAUGAGAGGAAGAGAACUCCAAUUGAACACUUCUCUAGCGUUUGUAAAAAGCAUUGAUCUUUCAUCAAAUAGGUUUCAAGGUGAAAUCCCUCAAGAAAUAUGCAGCCUCGUUCUAUUGAACAGCUUGAACUUGUCGAUGAAUCAGUUCAGUGGAAACAUCCCAUCAAAGAUCGGAAACUUGUCGCAGCUCGAUACUCUUGAUCUCUCACUCAACCACCUUUCAGGACACAUUCCUCAAAGUCUUUCAUCCUUGACCUUCUUGUCUAACUUGAACUUGUCCUAUAACAACUUGAGUGGUGAAAUUCCUUUGGGAAACCAACUCCAAGCACUCCCUGAUUCAUCCAUUUAUGAGGGCAACCCAUUCCUUUGUGGAUUUCCUCUUUCAACCAAGUGCUCCGAAGAUGGCAAUUCUACUCCCAAGGAUCCAAAAGACAAUGACAAUGAAGAUGGAAAUGAGAAGUUCUGGUUCUAUGUAAGUAUGGCACUCGGUUUUAUCGUUGGCUUUUGGGGUGUUUUCGGCACAUUAAUUGUGAAGAAGUCAUGGAGGUACGCUUAUUUUCGAUGGUUUGAUGACAUCAAAGAUAAGGCAACACUAUGUGUGCGUCGCUUGGUUUGCCAAGAGUGA